AUGGAUCUUUGCCUGCCCUCCUCUUUCCGGCAGCCGGAGUAUACCCUUUUCCGCCGGGAUCUUCACGGAUCCUUUUUCCGGCAGAUGGGUUCGGCGCCAGCCCGGUCGAGGCAGAGAGCGGUGGUGAUGGCGCAGAAAAAGCCGAAAAUCGAAGGGCUGAGCGAUGAGCUAAACUCCAUCGCGUCGCAGAAUCUUGACUACGCGCCUGCACGAAGGCGAGUGCGUUCGGCUUUUGCCAAUGUUCAGCUGCAGCUCGAUCACAUUUUGUUCAAGGUUGUUCCAGCUGGAAUCAGAACAGAAGAGUGGUAUGAAAUAAAUUCUGAUGGACUAGAGAUUUUCUGCAAGAGCUGGUUGCCGAAGCCCGGUGUACGAAUCAAAGGCGCUUUGUGCUUUUGCCACGGAUAUGGUGACACUUGCACAUUUUUCUUUGAAGGCAUUGCCAAGUACAUUGCUGCCUCUGGCUAUGGAGUUUAUGCAAUCGACCACCCGGGCUUUGGUCUUUCAGAAGGAUUGCAUGGCUAUGUACCCUCAUUUGAUGCCAUAGUUGAUAAUGUAAUUGAGCAGUUCACCAUAAUGAAAGGGAGGCCCGAGAUUCGGGGGCUGCCCCGUUUUUUAUUCGGGCAGUCGAUGGGUGGAGCAAUUUCUUUAAAAGCGCUUUUGAAGGCGCCGAAUGAAUGGGAUGGCAUAGUGCUUGUGGCUCCUAUGUGCAAAAUAUCAGAUGAAAUGGCGCCACCUGUACCACUUCAGAAAAUACUAAUCUUGCUAUCCAACAUUUUGCCACAAGCAAAGCUCGUCCCUCAGAAGGACUUGGCCGAUUUGGCAUUCAGAGAGCUGAACAAGAAGCAAAUGGCUCCAUACAAUGUGAUCAGUUAUUCGGACCAAACUCGACUGAGGACUGCAGUCGAGCUCCUCAACGCUACAAAAUAUAUUGAAUCGCAGGUCGAAAAGAUUUCAUCGCCAAUGCUGAUACUUCAUGGGGCAUCCGAUAAGGUAACCGAUCCUCGUGUGAGCCGGUUUUUGUAUGAGAAUGCUUGCAGCAAGGAUAAAACCUUGAAGCUUUAUGAAGGGGGUUUUCAUUGUAUUCUGGAAGGUGAGCCUGAUGAUAGAAUUUUGGAGGUUCUUAAUGAUAUUAUUUCAUGGCUUGAUUUCAGGACCUCUCUUAGGUAG